AUGUUUGCUUGGUUGACGGGUACCGACACCACUCCUCCCACCUUUCUCGAGAUCAGAAGUUCGAAUUGGUUGAUUAUCAGUACCGUUGCUGCUGCGGUGUUCACCGACGUGUUUCUUUAUGGAAUCAUCGUGCCAGUCCUACCUUUUGCCUUGAGCGGCCGUGCUGGUAUAGCGGAGGAUAAUGUCCAAUCCAUGAUAUCAGUACUCUUGGCUGUAUACGGCGGCGCCUUACUGAUCGGAGCACCCAUUUGUGGAUGGGUAGCUGAUCGGUUCGAGUCGCGGCGAUGGAGCUUUAUGGUUGGAUUGCUGGCACUAGCUGGGUCAACGAUAUUCUUGGUCGUUGGUAACAGUCUUGCUCUUAUCGUUGUUGGUCGUAUCCUUCAGGGACUUUCAGCAGCCGUGGUUUGGGUUGUCGGUCUGGCAUUAUUGCAAGAUACUGUUGGCUCCGAGUCAAUCGGACAGGCGAUGGGCUAUGUUGGAAUUGCCAUGUCUUUGGCAUACUUGCUCGGUCCGCUGCUCGGUGGCAUCGUUUUUGAACGUGCUGGAUACUAUGCCGUCUUUGCAAUGGCAUUUGCGCUUCUAGGCAUCGAUGCAAUCCUCAGACUUCUGAUGAUUGAGAAAUCAGUAGCUUCAAAGUGGGGGCCUAAAGCACUUGAAGUAACCGCAGAUACCGAACACAAAGGCAGCACCGACGAUCACAAAGCUGACCCGGAAUGUCACACACCCGAAGUUGAGAUACCUGCGGUGACACACGAACGACGCAGGCUCCCCAGAGUCUUCUCACUACUGUCGUCAUACAGACUCGACGCCGCUUUAUUCGGCUGCUUCAUCAGCGCAGCGCUGCUUACCUCAUUCGACUCAAUCUUGCCAUUAUAUGUCAACGAAAUCUGGGGCUGGAACUCCAUCGGUGCUGGACUGAUCUUUCUGGCCGUCACAAUCCCCUCUUUUACUGGACCUCUUGUCGGUGGAUAUGCAGACAAGCACGGCGUCAGAUGGCUAGCGGCAAGUGGCUUCAUCAUCGUUGGUCCUUGUUUCAUUCUUAUGCGCCUUGUCGAUCACAACGACAUCCGCCAAAAGGUGUUACUUUGCGCACUCCUAGCCUUGAUUGGUCUUGGAAUCACUCUAUCGCUCACACCACUGAUGGCAGAAGUAUCAUAUGCUGUCGAUGCUCAAGGUGCAAAAAGACCAGCAGGCUUCUUUGGCAAGAAUGGUGCGUUUGCUCAAGCGUAUGGGUUGUUUAACAUGGCAUAUGCAGCUGGAACUUUGGCUGGACCUUUGCUUGCAGGCUUAGUCAAGCAGAGAGCUGGCUGGGGUACCACGACGUUGGUGCUUGGCUGUGUCUCGUUUGUUUGUGUGGUGCCGACAGUGAUUUGGUGUGGAGGUUCUAUCUUCAAGCUGAGGAGAAAACAAACGGCCGAGAAGGCGGAGACAGCGGAGGGUGUACGGAAAACAAGUCCGUCGAGUACGAGUGCGAGUAGCGAGGUGAAUGUUUGA